GGGCCUCACACCUUCAGCUGGGUCAAAUUUCUCCUGCAGGUCAUUGCGUCCUCUUCGGGAAAAGAGGUUUCAUCGGGACGGCGGCGCAUCGCUGACGUUUCAUCCCUGGAAUACUUUUUAAGGCUGAGCUUUUUAAGAAUCUUGGACCAUGUGAAAUAAAUCGAGUCUUUGUUGUUUUAAGCUUGUAAAUGAAUUUAGGAGAAUCCUCGACCAAGUUUCGAAUGAGUUCUGCUCGCUGGUGAUCCCCGAGCAGAGACGGUUUAGGGGGGAGGCGAACGAGCGCAUUUUCUUCCCGGCACAGCAUGAACCUCAUCGGGGGCUACCAGCAUCACCACCACCACCACCUGAUGCACGAACCUUUCCCGUUCGUCCAGCGGUGCCACCAGGACGCGCCGUACUUCCAGAGCUGGGUGGUGAACCACGGGGAGGUGCCCGCGGACUUCCAGAUCCAGGCGCCCUACACGCCGUCCGCGGAGCUGGGCGCGCAUGGAGCAGCGCACGACGGCCGGCUCGAGGGGCUCCAGUCGGGGAUGGGAAAGAGGAGAGCGUCCGGGCCGAAGAAGGAGCGCCGCAGGACGGAGAGCAUCAACACGGCUUUCGCGGAGCUCCGGGAGUGUAUUCCCAACGUCCCCGCAGACACCAAAUUGUCCAAAAUCAAAACUCUGCGUUUGGCGACCAGUUACAUCGCGUAUCUGAUGGACGUGCUGGCCAAAGACUCCGGCGAGACGGAGGGUUUUAAGGCCGAGAUUAAGAAAUUUGAAACGCGGGAUUUGAAAAGGAAACGAGAGCUGACCGACGGCCUGCAGGAGACUUUUGGAGGCGAAAAGAAGGUGAAGGGCCGGACCGGGUGGCCGCAGCAGGUCUGGGCCCUGGAGCUCAACCAGUGACUUCCUCAGAAAACACCCCCCCGCCCCCAACACACACACCCACACACACACACACACCCCUACACAGACACACACACACACUGACUUAGGCCGAACACACCGCUGUGCAUGCGCAGUGAAGCGCUAAAAGGGGGAAAAUCAAAGGGCAACGCGGAUAGAAAGAGCUGCAGAGACGCUGCUCAUUACUGUGUUCCCCACGAUAAUAAUAAUAAUUAUUAUAAUACGAUAGAGAUAUUUGUGCUUUUUAAUUGUUUCUCUUUAGGUCUUCACUUCAAAGCAGAUGUUGCCAAACACAUCAGUGUCCUUGUUCUCUGGUCUUCCAUGGUUUUUGUCGUUUCCCUCAUUGCGCAAAGUUUUCUGUUUUAAGUCUGUUGAUUAUUGUGAUAAUAACAAGGUAAGAAAUGCGGUACAUUUGACACUGUUUUUUCCACUGAUUCGUAAUCUUUCCUGUUGAAAAUGUUUAACCAAUCACAAACCGAUUUCAUCGUUUAAGACACUCGACGUUUUACUGUCGCUUCUCUUCAGUCGUUCCAGCGACCAGAAACUUCUCACUGAUCCGCACUAUUUCAUUUCUAAUUUAACCUGGACUUUAUUUAAAUUCGGAGAUCCGUUUUGACUUGACGACACUAAAACAACAUCACGUCACAGCUUUACUUUGCCUCUCCGCCGGUGUAAACUCUGCAGACUCUUGUUGUUGUUGAAUUCAUUGAAUCUACCUCAGUACUGUAAAUGUCACUGUCCAGAGGAACACGCCGAGAGUGAGACAUUAACAUUAACGCAGCUUUUCACUCCCGACAUGUAAAAACGGUCAAUGUAAAAAAAAAAAAAAAACAACAACAAAAAAACAAACAAACAAACAAACACGUGGAAUAAAAUGUUUAUUAUUGUGCGCAGUGUUAAUGGAAAUGUGUGUUAGAUGUGAAAGUAUAUUUGGUUCCAUAAAUAAAUGGAUUAUUUCAUGACAUUAUA